AUGGACGCCAAAACCCUUUACCCGGACUUCGACGACCUCCCCAAGGUCAAAGGUCAACCUCAAGGUUGCGCCUGGGGUCUCUUCGACAAAAACGGCGUCAAGGACGUCUACGGCACUCUCAACUUCAUCACCCCCGAGACCGUCAAGGCCGCAGCCGCUGAAGUUGAACAUGGCAUUUCGGUUUCUCUCAACUGGGCCCUAAACGCCAUCAAAUUCCCCCUAGGACACCGCCAACCUCCCGUGCACACUCCUCUCGUCAUCGGCUCCGAGAUGGGCAUGAAGGGCCUGCUCGGUUUCGACGACUCGCUCACUUUCAACACGCAGUACUCCUCGCAGUGGGACUCGCUGUGCCACGUCACGCAUUCGCACUCGGGCGAGACGUAUAAUGGGUUUGUGCCUACCGUUGAGAAACUAAGCACCACUACUUCCAGCAGUGCCCAAAGCGAAAACGAGGUGCUGCCGACCAUCGACCGCUGGCAUGAACGGGGAGGCCUGGUCGCUCGAGGCGUGUUGAUCGAUUGGAAGCGUUACGCUGAGGAGGUCAGGGGAGAGCGGAGCUUCCAUUCGUUUGACGGGUACAAGAUCACUGUGGACGAUCUGGAGGAGGCGGCGAAACACUUUGGCGUGGAGUUCAAAGCGGGUGAUGUGCUGCUGGUGCGGACGGGGAUGACGGGCGUUAUGGAGAAGCCGACGGCGGAGGAUUUUGCCAAGAUGGCCGAGUCGAAGAUGGCGGGCGUGGAGGGCAGCGAGAGGACGGCGAGGUGGGUGUGGAAUAAGAGGUUUGCGGCGGUAGCGGGAGAUGGGGCUGCUUUUGAGGCAAUCGAGUACUCGAAGGAGACGGGACUGGAUCUUGUCCUCCACCGAUACUUCCUCACUAUGUUCGGCAUGUCCAUUGGCGAGCUGUGGGACCUCGACGCCCUCAGCGAGGCGUGCAAGAAAACGGGGAAGUACAGCUUUUUUCUGAGCUCCGCCCCGCUUAAGCAUCCCGGUCUUGUCGCUUCUCCUCCCAAUGCUACUGCUGUACUUUGA